AUGAAAAUCCUGGGUAAGCGACCGUUCAACAGCGGCAUCCGAGUUCUUGAAUUCAUGAAAUAUCUGGCGAAGAAAGAUGGCAUUGGCACGCUUGUGCUCGUCAAGGACAGCCCCCGGAUUGUCCGUAAUCCCAACACGGAGGCUCCGACUCAUGGCGUCAAUGGUGCACCCUUGACGCCAUUAGUCGGAGCCUCCGUGUGCGGUCGAGGAUUGAGGAAACAAUCGGUUGGCGAAGCAGCCACCGUGGGCAUUUCCACGGGAGCCGAGACCGCCCCGAAUGCAGAGGAGAUUGGAUACAGAACUCCACCGGAAGGUGGUCAGCGUGAUGCCGAACCUUAUCUAAAAGAUGCUCGAUACUGA